AGAGGAAGGUGCAGAGGGAGAGGAGGAAGGCUGAUCAAGAGGAGGAAGAAGGUGAGGAGGAGAGGGAGCACAUGAGGAAAGAGAAGGAGAAGAGAAUGCGUCUCUUCCAGGAGGAGCUGAGGAAAAAAGAGGAUGAGGAGGAGAGGAAGCUGAAGGAGGAGAGUGAGGAAAGACUGAGGGCUCUGCGGCAGCAUCUCGUGUCUAAGAGGAGAGAGGAGGAGGACAGGCUGAAGAAAGAGUCUGAGAGGACACUGGAGGAGCUCAGAGAGUCUGUCCGCCUGGAGAGGGAGAGGGAGCAACACCAACUCAGAAAGGAGAGUGAGGUCAUGCUGAAGGAGUUAUGCAUCUCUCUAGAGGAAGAGCGAGUAGCGGAGCGCAACAGACUGGAGGCCCAGAAGAGGCAGGACACUGAACGUCUGAAGGCUGAGUCAGAAGAGGAGCUGCAAGCGGAGAAGAGGAGACUCCAGGGAGAGAGGGAGGAGAAACUGAACUCCCUGAAACACGAGGUAAAUAUAACAGAGAAGAGGAGGGAGUACAUGAGUCCACGUCCUGAACAGCAACUGGCAGAUUACCACCGAGAGCUAGCUGAUGUUCUUCAGGAAGUGCGGGAGGAUGUGCAGCGUGAUCACGAGAGGAAGCUGGAGCAGUUGAGGGAGGACCACAGAAGAGAGAUGAACAGCAUCAGAGAGAAAUACUUGGAUGAGGAGACUGCUCAGAGGGCGCGCUUGCUUUCUACUCUGCAGGAGGACAGAGAGCAUCUGCAGGCCUCGCAUGCUGUCCAACUGGAGAAACUCCGCUUGCAGCUCAACACACAGAUACAAAAGACACAGCUGACACACUCGCGCAAGGAGUCAGAACUGGAGGAUCUAAAAGAUCAGAUGGAGCUGAGAGCCAGAGAGCUGAAGAGCCAGGAGGCCAUGCUGCAGACCAAGGUAGCAGAUCUGAAGAGGAGGAGGAAGAAGCUUGGAGAGGAAGAGGAGGAAGUAGACAGACAGAUAGAGGCCUUACCCCGGCUGAUCCAGGAGAGAGACCAGCUGAUGGAGGAGCUGGAGAGGAUGAGAGAGGAGAAAACUCAAGCCAGAGAACUCCUUCAGAGAGCCAGGGAAGAGAGGAAUGAGGCCAAGGAGGAGGGGGAGAGGCUUAGGGAGGAGAGAGACAAAGCCAGGGAAGAGAGCAAGAGGUCCAAGGAGAACAAGGAGCGACUGGAGAGCAAGGUGGCAUUGCUGCAGGAGAGAUGCAACCAUCUCAGUCGCAGAGUCAGUGAGCUAGAGUCAGGAGCAGGCACCUCCACCAGACCAGAACCUAAACAGGACAAAAAGAAGGCAGAGAAAGUCGAGGUGACAGUGCCCUCCAGUGACAGAAGAGACUCACCGCUACAUGUAGAAGACCUGGAGGACCUGCCACUCUCCCCUGUGCCCGACAGCCACAGCAGCAUGGACGAGUUUCGACGCUACAUCUCCACACAUAAUGCAUCCAUCCAAAAAACCAAAGGCUUCCUGGAGAGGGAGAGCAGCCGGCUGAUGGAGAGACGGGCAGCUCUGCGGGCGGCCCAGACCAGCUCCUUCCAGGACCCCAGCCACGAUGAAGGGGUUACUGAGGAGAUGACAAGAAACCUUCAGCAGGAGGCCAGAAAUGUGGUGGAGCUUCAGCGGGCGGUUCAGAGAGGAACCACUCUCCUGCGGAGGAAAGAGGAGCAACUCCAGCAGUUAGAGAGCUCUAUAGCUGAAGAGCCGCUGUUUGAGGGUCUGUCUCGGCUGGCAGGAGAGAGGAAGGUGACUUUUGAUGUGACUGAAUCUGACCUCAGCAGCACUGUGGACCCAUUGAAUGGAACAGGAGGUCAUCCUACAUUCCCGGACAAAGUCCAGGAGUUAGGAGAGUCUUUGCAGCAGAUCUCAAGCCAGCUCAACACCGUGCUGAGUGCGUUGGGUUCGCUGGCCCAUAGGCAGAACGACACACCCUAUUCAGCCUACCCUCUGCAUCUGUCUCAACCUCACUCCACCCCAACUGCCACCUCCACCUCUGCAGCAGUCAUGCACCAGAUGCAUACCCGGGGUCCCAGCUCCUCAGCCCCACCUCCCCCAGUGAGGCUCCCAGAGCCGUCCUGGAACUGGGCGCCCCAAGGCCCCGCUGCUGCCACCCCUCUUUUCAGUACCCGCAACAGCAGUGGGUUGAGCGGCUCUGAGGAUCUAAUCAACAGCAGAUGGAGCCAGAUUUUCUCCAGAGGAGCUAUGGACCCGAUUGCCUCCAGCACCAUGGGGCCUACCUCUGCAUACUCAUCAUACAUUCCUGCUAGUGAACAUGGUCGUAGCCUGCGGCCUAUGCAGAAGUCAAGGGAGGUAGACGGCCAGAAGCUGCAGGGGCUGAUUGACGGCAACAAGAGGUGGCUGGAGAUGCGCAAGAAAGACACCAGCAUACCUCUGUUCACUCGCUAUCCGGUUCCUUCAACCAAGAGCGGCCUGCUCCAGCUCGGCCUGGAUGAUAACAACCAGAUCCGAGUCUAUCAUUACUGAGGACAUGACACACAGCUCAAUCCUGUUGCACUGUGACUGUCACUGAGGACUUUGAAGCAUUAAUGACUUGUCAUGUUUACACGCAGGGCCUCAUGUGGGCUGUACCCUGAGUCAUUCCUUUUAAAGAAAAAACUUUCAGUGCAAAGGUUUUCAGGGAAAGUCCAACCUCAUCUGCGGAGAAAGAGAUGACUGCAGAGGACAUGGCAAUUCAGGGAGCAAAGUGUCACAGAGGGCUGAGGACUUUUAUCCUCCAACAUUAUAUAUGGCUGUGAGCAACAGGAGACCGUUUUAAAGCACUUCAGUGUCACGUUUACAGAUUAUAACUCAAUGCCAGGCCUGGGCCAAAUGAUUUACUGUAGUUUACUUUAAAGCCCAAUGGGAAAGUCAAGUUUACUAUACUUCUUUUACUAAAAACAUCCCAGACACUUAUCAACAUCUUGUGAACCCAUUUGCUGCUGUAGGCAGGAAAUAAUACUACACAGUAGUGCUUUUCAGAUGCACAGAGGUCAAGUUUCAUUUCAUGACAGGUUACAUUUGUAUUUAUUACACUGGCUUUGUAAGUGUCUUGUAUGGGAAAUGUACGUUUUGAACUAAUGUCAUUAGAUUUAGUUGUUUUAGCCGGUCAGAAACAGAAAUCACUGUAAAGGUGCAGCCAAUCCACUUUUAUUUUACAUGACAUAUUCCACAGAUUUUGGCACAGCAGUGAGCUAUUGAUUAGUGUAACUUUGACAAAUGUGAAGGCAGAGAGAAAAAUGUCUUGUGCAUAGAAGUGUAAAUAUUGUAUUUUUCUAUAAAAUAUUUUAAUAAACAAUUUUAUAUAUAGGCUAAUAAUG